ACAAACAAGUAACAAUGUAACUUACAUGCAGUCACACACCCCUUUCUCUUGUAACAAUGUGUACGUUUUUAAGGAGGGAGGGGGCGCGCGGAGGGAGAAAGGGAGCCGGAGAGAGAUAGAGAAAGGAGGAGGGGGGUGCGUUCUGAAAUAAUAUAGUCAGCCAUUUUUUAUGUAAGGGGAUUUUUUCUUAUUGGGGGGGUUGUUAAAAAAUAAAUAUAAGAGGGCGGCCAUCUUUGUUGCUCUGCCUAGUGUAAAAUAUUUCAAAACGCCCCCCACUUUUUUCUGUGCCGAUUUGAAUAUUAAAUAAAUAUCACACAUUCGGGGCAAGAAUACGCUUUUUGGAACACAAGGACGGACCCGAUGACAGGAGUAUAAUGUCCUCUCCUCUCCGCUCCUGUGAGGAAGACGAGGGCAUGGUGGUUAAUUCCGAGGGAGGAGAUUUUGAUGAAGAAGACGACGACGGAGACCUAGACGAGAACGCAAGCGACAUAAACUCGCCGGCGGCGCCUCGGGAAACUGCAACACCGGCCGCGCCAGAAGAAGAGCCAGAGGUAUCAGACAGAGAGGUCCCGCUCAGGAAGAAAGGACGGCCGAAGAAAAAGAGGGACACAAAGAAGAAAGACAAAGAGGGGAAACCUGUCAAAGCAAAAAAACGCAAGAAGAUUGACAGUGAUGUAGACAGAGACUCAGACAGAGAAAGAGAUUUCGGCGACAACUCAGACAGCGUAGCCAGUGACUAUGGAUCUGGAGAGAAAAAGAAGAAGAAGAAACAUAAAGAAAGGAAGGAGAAGAAAACCAAGAAGAAGAAAAAAGUCGAUGGGGACCGAGACAGCAGUCAGGAGGAAACAACAAAGCAGCCGAUAGAGCAGAAGACCUCAGCCCAGCUGGCAAAGGAGUGGGGUCUGGAGGAUGUUGAUCAUACCUUCACAGAGGAGGACUACAGGGAGCUCACCAACUACAAAGCCUUCAGCCAGUUCAUGAGGCCGAUGAUAGCCAAGAAGAAUCCCAAGAUCCCCAUGUCAAAGAUGAUGACCAUACUGGGGGCCAAGUGGAGGGAGUUCAGCUCCAAUAAUCCUUUCAAGGGCAACGCUGCUGCUGUCGCGGCGGCUGCUGCGGCUGCCGCGAUUGCUGUUGCUGAGCAGGUCUCUGCAGCGAACGUCUCUCCUGAGCCUCCACCGCAGCCGCCACCAAUCAGGAAGGCAAAGACGAAAGAGGGCAAAGGCCCUGGCUACAAGAAGCGCAGUAAAAGCCCUCGAGUCCCAGAAAAGAAAAAGGCCUUGGCAAAGGCGAAAAAGAUGGCACCCAUUCGUAUCAAACUAUCACCUAUAGGUGCCAAGAGGAAGAAGAGUUGCUCAAGCGAGGACAUGGACGAGGAUGAGUCCGAGCAGGAGGACUCCAGCGUGCACAGCUCCUCGGUUCGCUCCGACAGCUCCGGCCGUGUUAAGAAGAACAAGCGAGGACGGCCUGCCAAGAAGAAGAAGAAAAAUACAAUCCAAGGUGAAGAGGAGGGAGACGGCUACGAGACGGAUCAUCAGGACUACUGUGAGGUGUGUCAGCAGGGCGGAGAGAUCAUCCUGUGCGACACUUGUCCCCGAGCGUACCACCUCGUCUGCCUCGAGCCCGAGCUGGACAAGGCCCCCGAGGGCAAGUGGAGCUGCCCGCACUGCGAAAAAGAGGGAAUCCAGUGGGAAGCAAAGGACGAGGACUUUGAGGAUUUCGAGGAGGACAGCGAGGACAGGGUGAUAUCGGAGGUCAGAGUCGGGGUCCACACCGGGGCGGAUGAGGAGGAUGACGACCACAUGGAGUUCUGUCGGGUGUGUAAAGAUGGAGGCGAGCUGCUGUGCUGCGACACCUGCACCUCCUCCUACCACAUCCACUGUCUCAACCCGCCGCUGCCGGAGAUCCCCAAUGGAGAGUGGCUUUGUCCGCGCUGCACGUGUCCGCCAAUCAAAGGACGUGUCCAGAAGAUCCUCCACUGGCGAUGGGGUGAACCUCCGCCUCCCAUCCCUGUCCCCCCGGCUCCUGAUGCCCCGCCUGAUGCCCCACUGCCGCCUCCCAUGAAGGGCCGAGCCGAGAGGGAGUUCUUUGUCAAGCUGACCGGGCAGUCGUACUGGCACUGUACCUGGAUCACUGAGCUGCAGCUGGAGAUCUUCCACUCGGUGAUGUACAGAAACUACCAGAGGAAGACGGACAUGGACGAGCCUCCCAGCCUGGAUUACGGGUCGGGCGCAGAGGACGAGAACGGAGUGGGGAAGAGCGAGAAGAGGAGGGCCAAGGACCCCCAGUACGCUAUGCUGGAAGACAAGUACUACAGAUACGGCAUCAAGCCUGAGUGGAUGAUGAUCCACCGCAUCAUCAACCACAGUGUGGAUAAAAAGGGGAUGUACCACUACCUGGUGAAAUGGAGAGACCUGACCUACGACCAGUGUACCUGGGAGAGAGACGACAUGGACAUCCCUGAAUUCGCAAUUUACAAGGCAAACUACUGGAGACACAGAGGUUUAUCAGGAGACUCGAGGGUACCCGAAAGUACGGGAACCUACUGUAGAGAUGCAAUAAUGAAGGAGGAUCCAGACAAACCCAGGAGGAUAAGGAGCAGGAACCAGGAGGGUGAAGAGGAGUCUCCUGCUUCACCAGUCACUGAUCCUACAAUAAAAUAUGAGGAACAGCCCGACUUUGUAACAUCGACAGGUGGGACGCUGCACCUGUACCAGCUGGAGGGUCUGAACUGGCUCCGGUUUUCCUGGGCUCAGGGCACAGACACCAUCCUGGCAGACGAAAUGGGCCUCGGCAAGACCAUCCAGACCAUCGUCUUCCUCUACUCACUCUUCAAAGAGGGCCACACUAAGGGUCCGUUCCUGGUCAGUGCUCCGCUCUCCACCAUCAUCAACUGGGAGAGGGAGUUUGAGAUGUGGGCGCCCGACUUCUACGUGGUGACGUACACAGGAGACAAGGACAGCCGAGCCAUCAUCAGAGAGAAUGAGUUCUCCUUCGAUGACACGGCCGUCAAAGGAGGGAAGAAGGCUUUCAAACUGAGGAGAGAGGCUCCCAUCAAAUUCCACGUGCUGCUGACCUCCUACGAGUUGGUGACCAUCGACCAGACGGCGCUCAAGUCCAUCGACUGGGCCUGUCUGGUGGUGGACGAGGCCCACCGCCUCAAGAACAAUCAGUCCAAGUUCUUCAGGCGUCUGAACGACUAUAAGAUCGACCACAAGCUGCUGCUGACGGGAACUCCUCUCCAAAACAACCUGGAGGAGCUGUUUCACCUGCUCAACUUCCUCACACCCAACCGCUUCAAUAACCUUGAAGGCUUCCUGGAGGAGUUCGCCGACAUCUCCAAGGAGGAUCAGAUCAAGAAGCUCCACGACCUGUUGGGGCCUCACAUGCUGCGGAGGCUGAAGGCAGACGUCUUCAAAAAUAUGCCCGCCAAGACCGAGCUGAUUGUCAGAGUGGAGCUGAGCCCCAUGCAGAAAAAAUACUACAAGCUGAUUUUGACCAAGAACUUUGAGGCUCUGAACUCGAAAGGCGGAGGGAACCAGGUGUCCCUGCUCAACAUCAUGAUGGACCUGAAGAAGUGCUGCAACCAUCCCUACCUCUUCCCCGUCGCCUCCAUGGAAGCCCAAAAAACCCCCAACGGUGCUUACGAGGGGUCGGCCCUCACUAAGGCCUCGGGGAAACUGAUGCUGUUGCAGAAGAUGCUGAGGAAACUGAAAGAGCAGGGGCACCGAGUGCUGGUGUUCUCACAGAUGACUAAAAUGCUGGAUUUACUAGAAGAUUUCUUGGACCAUGAAGGUUACAAGUAUGAAAGAAUUGAUGGAGGCAUCACAGGAGCGCUGAGACAAGAGGCCAUCGACCGUUUCAAUGCCCCUGGUGCUUGUCAGUUCUGUUUCCUGCUCUCCACCAGAGCGGGAGGUUUGGGCAUCAACUUGGCCACGGCAGACACAGUCGUCAUCUUCGACUCUGACUGGAACCCUCACAAUGACAUACAGGCGUUCAGUCGAGCCCACCGAAUUGGACAGGCCAACAAGGUGAUGAUCUACCGGUUUGUGACGCGAGCCAGCGUGGAGGAGCGCAUCACCCAGGUGGCCAAGAGGAAGAUGAUGCUGACCCACCUGGUGGUCCGGCCAGGCCUGGGAUCCAAAGCUGGCUCCAUGACCAAACAGGAACUGGACGACAUCCUCAAGUUUGGAACAGAAGAGCUGUUCAAGGAUGAAGUAGAAGGUAUGAAGAAUAGUUCAGGGGACAAAGUUGAGGACGAGGGCAGCGUGAUCCACUACGACAACGUUGCCAUUGAGAGGUUGCUGGACCGAAGCCAAGAUGCCACAGACGACUCGGACGUCCAGAACAUGAACGAGUACCUCAGCUCCUUUAAAGUGGCCCAGUACAUGGUCCGAGAGGAGGAUAAGAUCGAGGAGAUUGAGCGGGAGAUCAUCAAACAGGAGGAGAAUGUGGAUCCGGAUUACUGGGAGAAACUGUUGCGGCAUCAUUACGAGCAGCAACAAGAAGACCUGGCAAGCAAGCUGGGCAAAGGCAAGAGGAACCGCAAGCCUGUCAACUACAAUGACGCUGCACAGGAAGACCAAGAGUGGCAUGCUGACAUUUCAGAUAACCAGUCCGAGUAUUCAGUGGGCUCCGAGGAGGAGGACGAGGACUUUGACGACCGGCCAGAAGGUCGUAGACAGUCACGCCGGCAGUUGAGGAACGAGAAGGAUAAACCUCUGCCUCCUCUUCUCGCCAGAGUGGGAGGCAACCUUGAGGUGCUGGGCUUCAAUACACGCCAGCGAAAGGCUUUCCUGAACGCAGUGAUGCGCUGGGGGAUGCCGUCUCAGGACGCUUUCUCCUCUCAGUGGCUGGUCAGAGACCUCAGGGGCAAGACUGAGAAGGAGUUCAAAGCUUAUGUGUCUCUCUUUAUGCGUCACCUGUGCGAGCCGGUGGCUGACGGGGCAGAGACGUUUGCAGAUGGCGUGCCGAGAGAGGGCCUGUGCCGCCAGCCAGUCCUCACCCGGAUCGGCGUCAUGUCUCUCGUCAAGAAGAAGAUCCAGGAGUUUGAGCACAUCAACGGACGAUGGAGUCUUCCAGAGCUCAAGCCCGAGGUCAUCGUAGACAAGUCCUCCUCCAGGGCCUCCUCUCCCGCUGUUAAGACCGCCACGCCCACCCCCGAGGCCAGCUAUAAUAACACACCUUGCACCUCAAAGCCAGCGACCCCUGCUCCAGCAGACAAGCUGGAGAAGAACGGGAAGGAGGGAGAGAAGGAGGAGGACAAGGAGGAAGGCAGCGAGGCCCCGUCUGACAAAGAGAAAGUGAAGGAGAAAGACAAGGAUGAGGGGAAAGAGGUGGACAGCAGCAAGGCUGCUGAAUCUGAAGAGCUUUCCUCUUCCACAAAAGACACAUCACAAAGUUCGUCCCCGAGUCAAAAGACCGAAGGCAAAGACGACGCUGACCUGAAAGAGGAGGAGAAGAAGGAAACGACUGACGCUCCAGCUGCCACAACAGAGGAGAAAAAAGUACAGGAGGAGAGUAAAGAGGAGACAAAACAAGAAAUGGAGGUCAAAGAGGAGAAAACAGGAGAGAAGCUGGCGGAGGAGAAGGAGAAAGACAAAGAAAAGCGGGAAGAGUCACAAACAGCAGCUGAGACGACAGAUGCAAAAGAGAAGACCGAGGUGUCUGACGUGAAGAAAGAGGAACUCAAAGGUGAAAAGGAUGCUGGGAAAGAAGUCAGAUUGGUGAAGGAGGACCCACCCAAGGGUAAUGGGAGGCCUCCCAUUGAGCGCCCUCGCUUUAUGUUCAACAUCGCAGAUGGCGGCUUCACCGAGCUGCACACUCUCUGGCAGAACGAGGAGCGCGCUGCCAUCUCCUCGGGGAAGAUGAACGAGAUCUGGCACCGUCGACACGACUUCUGGCUGCUGGCGGGAAUUGUGAUUCACGGCUACGCCCGGUGGCAGGACAUCCAGAACGACCCCCAGUUCGCCAUCGUCAAUGAGCCUUUCAAAUCGCAGGCGAAUAAAGGCAACUUCCUGGAGAUGAAGAACAAGUUCCUGGCUCGACGCUUUAAGCUGUUGGAGCAGGCGCUGGUGAUAGAGGAGCAGCUGCGACGGGCGGCCUACCUGAACAUGACCCAGGACCCCAGCCACCCGGCCAUGGCGCUCAAUGCGCGCUUUACAGAGGUGGAGUGCCUCGCAGAGUCACACCAGCACCUCAGCAAGGAGUCGCUGGCGGGCAACAAGCCAGCCAACGCUGUCCUGCACAAAGUGUUGAACCAGCUGGAGGAGCUGCUGAGCGACAUGAAGGCCGACGUGACCCGGCUACCGGCCACGCUGGCCAGAGUCCCACCCAUCGCCGCCCGCCUACAGAUGUCCGAGAGGAGCAUCCUCAGCCGACUGGCCAGCAAGGGCACUGAGACGCACACACCCCCGCCCAUUCCUCCGGGACCCUACGCGACCCCUCACAACUACGGAGCCCCCUUCACCCCCGCACCCCCGAGCGCCCUACUCAUGGGAGGGGCCAACUACAGUCAGAUGCCGCCUGGAUCCUUCAUAUCAGUCCUGAACGGGCCUCCCAUGUCUGUAAAGAAGGAGCGGGAAGCAGAGCUGCUAGUCAACCGGCGGGAGCAGCGCAGCGGAGAGGUCAUCUGUAUCGACGACUAGACUACACACAUACACACCGAAACACACACACACACACACACACACACACACACACACACACACACACACAUUCAAACCCAUCUGCUGCAAAGAUAUCCCCAAUCUCUCUCCAAGAAAAUGAACCACACAUCCAGUAUUAAAAUGAAUUGACUGACUUUUCGGGCGUACUUACUGACCCGCUAGUGAUUGUAGUUGCUUCAUUCACACACGAAAACUUUGCUGACUGGUACUCCCUGAAAAACUACAAUCACACACACAUGCAGUACAUGAACACACGCACAUGUGCACUUACUGUCCACGGACACACGCACACACACCUGCAGCACACACAGUCCAUAUUGUCUCAUAACUUCUUGUGACCUUUUCUUGUCUGCCUCAAACCAUGAUACUCCUCAUAAGCAGGCCUCUUCACACAGGCCUCCUCCUCCUCCUCCUCCUCCUCUUGGGAUGCUUCUAACCUCAUCUACACACACAAGUAACACACACACACACACACACACACGUACACACACAACGCACCUCAAUUCUAGAAACCUUUAGAUCUCUCAAUAGACCAUGUAACUUUCCUCCUCCUCCUCCUCCCCUUCGACAGGAAGCUGCAUGUGAAACUAAAAUAAUUUCUACCGCCGCACUCCAUCCCCUGAAGCAUGCUCUAAUCACAAUAAUGCUGUCUCGUGGAAAGGAAAAAAAAUGGUGUCAAGCUGUGCCUACAGUUGUUUUAAUACUGUUUCUAAUUCUCCCAGGAGAGGCUGAACCUAUGGUUACUCAGUCCGAGCAGCUCCAAGCACAGCUCCAUCCUUUUUUUGUUUUUUGCUUUUUUGUUUAAAGGUACAUACUCGGAUAGAAAUGCAGCUAGAUGAUAUGAUAUGAUAAUUAUGUUCAGGACUUGUUCGACCACAUUAAAGGGAUAGUUCAGAUUUGUGGGGUUGAAUGAGGCACUUAUCCAUAGUCAGUGUAUUACAUACAGUAGAUG